CCCCGGCACAUCAAUUCCUUCUUCUUCACUUCUCUAAUAGCCAUAUAUAAUCUCGCCACCCUCCAGCGAAUCGAUCAGGGCGCGUCGUAUAGUAGUAGCCCGAUGUCCGGCACCGUGUGCUCCAUGUGCGGCGACGUCGGCUUCCCGGACAAGCUCUUCCGCUGCGCCCGCUGCCGCUGCCGCUUCCAGCACUCCUACUGCACGAACUACUACGGCGACGCGGCUCCGGCGGAGGCGGGCGCCGGAGUGUGCGACUGGUGCCUCAGCGACGACGUCCUCCUGAAGAAGAGGCCGCCUUCGGCCAUGCAGAUGCAGCAGCACGCCGCGGCGACCGGGAGCGAGGAGUUGUUCUCCAAUCGUAGCUUUGGGAAAGUCAAGGUGACCGGCGGCGGCGAGCAGGAUCAGAGCAGCCGGAGAGUGAACACCAAGGGGGCGGCCGUUCGCAGGUACAAGCUGCUCAAGGACGUCUUGUGCUAGCCGCGGGCCGAUCAUGGUGAUCGAUCUGGGCCUCGUCAGCGUGUACUAUAAUACUAGUACGUACAAUGUUUAGUUAAUCCCAAAUCUUAAUUAGGCAGUCUUCAUACCUAGUUAUAGCUAGCUGCAGGGUUAUGUAUGUCGAUCCUUGUGUGCGAGUGCGAAUGUUUGCAUGUCUACUCACAAUGAGAUCUGCUUCCGAAUGUAUUAGUAAUUUAGUACUUCAUCUCUCUUUAUCA